GGACCCCACUAGAGAGACAACUGGAUAAUCAGCUGAACAUGAGCUCCGAGCGCAACGCUGUGGGCAGAACGGCUUAUGCGAUUGUUGGAUAUAUAAACAGGCAAAUCUUGAACAUUCAAUGGGCGUGUGCAGCAUUCAGUGCAAUCCACACCGGGAGUAUCUUCUGGCUACAGGAAGCUAUGACGAACAUGUUCUCCUAUGGGACACCAGGAAUAUGAAGCAGCCAUUGGCAGACACCCAUGUUGAGGGUGGAGUUUGGAGGCUGAAGUGGCACCCAACACGUGAGCACUUGCUGUUGGCUGCUUGCAUGCAUAAUGGAUUCAAAAUCCUUGACUACCAAGGAAGUAUGGCAGAAAACACUGAGGAAUGCACUGUUGUGUCAUCCUACAUCUUGCAUAACUCCUUGGCUUAUGGAGCUGAUUGGUCAAGACUCUCCCCAAGAGAUUCCUUGGCUGCAAAACAGGACCCACUUUCUGCACCCGAGUUGUCUGAGGGACCAGUGGCAAGUUCGGAUCAAGGAGGCAAGAAACUGGAUCUGCAAAUCCAGAACCUGAAGAUAGUUUAUGAAUCUCCUACAGCUACUUUUGAUGUAUUGUUAGACGAGGAGGGUGAAGGCACCAUCUCCCAGCUCAGACCAGAGAGUGGUUCUGAUCCUCAUUCUCAGUGUCUUGAUGGAAGGGGAUUGGACAUCAAGCGUGAUCAAACUGAAUUAGCAAAGGCUCAGAGAGAGAGCAGCAUCCUAGCGACUUGUUCAUUUUAUGAUAACAUCCUACAUGUUUGGAAAUGGGAAACCAGUCAAAUCAACCCUUCAGAGUAAAAUAUUAAAUAUUAUUCCUAGUCUGAAAACACGAUUUCACUCAAACAGCCUUGAAAAGUCCCUCUCUCUCUAAUGUCCCAGAGGGAAAGUAUAGGAGACUUUUUUGUAUUGAGAACGGUAUCUGCAGCCUAUGCCCAGUAUAACUUCUACUGGGGUUUUUCCAGUUUUAUUGCCUGGGAGCUCAUAGCUCCUGAAUUUCUGAAGACCUGUACUGUUAAAUUAAGGCAACUACAUUCUUAGUGUUUUGUGUUUAACUCUGACUAAGCCAAAAUGAAUAGUCUCCUGCCUUUGCUGAGGGACAUAGUAAAACGUGGGUGCUUCUACUUGGCUGUCCUUUACUGUUGUGAUUCAGAGUGACAGUGGUGCAUUUCAGGGGAUGCUUCUUUAGGCAUGAAAUAUAUGUCCCUUGACAACUAGUCUGCAUUUGUAAGUCUUGCCUCCAAUUCCAGAGUUGUGGGUGGGUGCCACCUUUCUUUGUCCCUCUCUCCCAACAAAAUCCGCCCCAUCUCACAUCAACCAAACCUUGCUACUAAAUUACAUAUGCACACUGUUACAUAACCACAAAAUUUGGAUUUGAACGUUCAAGGGAGUUUUAUAUGGGUGUUUGAAUACAAGCAUAGGUCACUGGCUUGUUUUGUAAACUGUCAUAUGCUGUGAGGACAUGCUGCACAGGGAACAUGUUUAUCGUGACUUUGGAUACAGAGAAAUUCCUUUUAGAAUGAAAUCCCAGAUUGUCUCAGUGUACAUGACAGAACAGAUUGCAAGUGAAGUUGUGUAGUGAAAAGUGUCUUAAUCAUGAGCAUUCUGCUGUGGCUGCAUAUGUGUAAUUUUACACCUAAUUUACUGCAUGAGUACAAGUUGAUUUUCAGGUUAUCACUUGUCAACAAGCACCACUUGGUUCUGCAUGAUCACACAGUGAAUCUCAUUGUAUAUUAGUGCUUGCAGCAAAGAAACCUUUUAAAAAAGCAAACUCUGCAACAAACCCAUAUCCAGAGAGUGAGACCUAUAAUAUGAGACUAGGGUCAAAUCAGGUUUAAAAAAAAGAUAUGCAGGUUUUUCAGCUUAAAUCUCAAAACCCUCAAACUCUGUUGGUAGCACUUCCUGAUGUUCUUUAAAAACAUAAAAUUAUUAAUAAUGCAAUCCUAAAUAGGAUGUCUCCAGAAUUCCUUGAGGUUGCCCUGUUGGAUUUUUACUAUGAAAUACCAGUAAGGCACUACAUUAAUGGGGCACUACCCGGGUGUUCCUGAUUACUAUCAACCAAAAACCAGCUUAAAAUAACUUCUAGGUUGUAUGGUUUUUCUUUGAGGAUCUUAAUGAAUCAUUAGCCUUGAAGGGAAGAAACACCAGCAGCAACUAUAGUUUUUGUAAUAGUAAAUACUUACAGCUAUUAAAACAAUGUACAGAUCUUAAUGCACAAAACCUUGUUUGAGGGUACCAUGUGUAUUUUGGAACACCUCUUAUUUUGAGUGCUGUUUUAUGGAGAUGCAUAUCAGCAUUGUGAACAAAAGUUUUUGUUAAAAUUAAAAAAACUAUUUUUGGAUGUUUCUAAAAUAAAAAGUUUAAGUGAGUUAUAUCUCUCUUCUUAUUUAUCAGUUGAAAAGUUCCAAGGAAACUCAAAUAUAUUGGUCCUGUUCUGUGGUAUCUGCUGCUGGAUUGCACAGACAGUUCAGAUUAUUGUUAAACAGAUACCUACCAAGCAACACACACACUGUUGCUUUUAUUUUGCAUGUGGGAUGAUGCUGCUGAGAACCAAGACUUAAGAACAAGAAACCGUCUGGGAUUAGUCUACCGAAUGUGAAAUGAUGCUGUCUGAGAGGUAGUGAGAAGAAGUGAAUAGAAUUGGAGGGAUGACAGAUUUUUGGAUGCAAAUGUGCUAUAGAAGGGAGAAGUAUUUAUUAUGCAGACUAGCUGUGACUCUUGACCAGAAGAUGACUUUUAGAUGAGAUUAGCACAGUAUGUUCAUUUUUAAAGCUAUGGAAUCAAACUAUAUUUUUGUUAUGUGAAAUCCAGCUAUACCAGUGUGGGUUUGUUCCGUACAAUUGUGUUAACAAGUCUACAGUUAGGUGGCCCAAGUGCCAAGUUUCUGACUGUUACAAAAUGUUAAUACUGUAAAUGAGGAUGUUUAGUGCAGCUAUUAAAAAGACAUUCCCUUUCUCGAAGAGUUCACUGCCUGACUGACAAUGAUCAAAACAGCACCCCGAGAAC